CCACGGCAUGGCCGUCUCGGCGGUGAGCUCCGAGAUGCCUGGUGUCGACCUCAGCGGCACGGUGCUCGGUCAGUACUGCCCGGUGUCCGGCGAGCGCACCUGCCAGCCUCAGAAAUACAGGUCACUGGACGGGUUUUGCAACAACGUGCAACACGCGUCGUGGGGCAGCGCGCAGACCGCCUUGGCUCGGCUCCUGCAGCCAGCGUACACCGAUGGUCUGUCGGCGCCGCGAGGUCAGAGCGCCGCCGGCGGUGACCUGCCCUCGGCUCGGGUCGUCUCGUCCCGCCUGACCCACCCGGGUCACAACCGGCACGAGUUCGUCACCGCCCUGAUGGCGGUGUGGGCCGAGUUUGUCCAUCACGACCUGGUGCACGUCGCCACAGCGGCACCCGGUGCGGACGGCGCGGCCGACUGCUGCCGGGGCUCGGAGGAGGCGCGCUGUCUGCCCAUCCUGUCACCGGGGCACUGCCAGGAGUACGUCCGCUCACUCUCCUCGCUCCAGAUGGGCUGCCACCUCGGUCCUCGGGAGCAGAUGAACCUGGCCACGUCCUUCCUGGACGGCAGCUCCUUGUACGGCACCACGAAGACGGGCGGACACCGCCUGCGAGUGCUCUCGCGAGGCCAGCUGAAGAUGAACCGGGACGGCACGCUGCCCACCACCGACGCCACGCCCUGCCGCGGCAAACAGAACAGGUGUCCGCUGACAGGAGACCCGCGGGCCAACACGCACUCGGCCAUCAGCGCCCUGUACGCGCUGCUGGUGCGUGAGCACAACCGGCUGGCCGGCCGGCUGGCCGACCUUAACCCGCACUGGGGCGACGAGAUGGUCUUCCAGGAGGCGCGCCGCCUGCUGGUGGCCCAGCUGCAGCACAUCACCUUCAAGGAGUUCGUGCCCGCCGUGCUGGGACAGGAGGUCACCAAGUUCUUCCAGCUGGAGCUGCUGUCUGCCGGCUUCUACCAGAACUACUCGAUGGACGAGUACCCAGGCGUAACGAACGCAGCAGCCAGUGCCGCACUGCAGUUCUACCAGGCUCUACUGCCGGGAUACCUGCAGUACAUCAGCGUGUGCCGAUGAGGAGACGGUACCCUGCGACCCUUCGUCCCCGUACCGCACGUACUCGGGCUACUGCAACAAUCUCGCCAACCCCAACUUCGGCAAGUCGGUGACGCCGCAGCACCGCCUGCUGCCGGCCCAGUACGACGACGGCAUCAGUCGGCCUCGGCAGAGGUCAGUGACCGGCACGCCUCUGCCCUCGCCUCGCCUUAUCUCCACCACGUUGCAUGACGACGUCAGCAAUCCGCACUCGCGCUACACCAUGUUCCUGAUGCAGUUCGGCCAGUUCCUCGACCACGACAUCAGCAUGACGCCCAUCAACAAAGGGUUUGGCGACUCGAUCCUGAACUGCCGCGACUGCGACUCUGCCAACCGGGUGCACCCGGAGUGCUGGCCCAUCAACGUGCCGCAGAACGACCCGUACUUCCCGCCGGUCAACGUCAGCAGUGGCCGUCCCUUCUGCAUCGCCUUCACCCGGUCACUGCCCGGACAGCAGACCCUCGGGCCGCGCGAGCAGAUCAACCAGAACACGGCCUACAUGGACGGCUCCCACAUGUACGGCCAGGACCAGUGCGAGGCGCGCAGCCUGCGCUCGUUCCAGGGCGGCCGACUCAUCACCACGCCUCACCCCACACGCGGCAAGGGCCUGCUGCCCACCACGCGCGACAACAAGGAGUGCCGCGCCCCCUCCGGCUCCUGCUUCGCCGCCGGCGACAACCGGGCGUCCGAGCAGGCGGGUCUGGCCACUCUGCACAUCAUCUGGAUCCGCGAGCACAACAGGGUGGUGCGCCAGCUGGCCACCAUCAACCCGCACUGGGACGACGAGAAGCUCUACCAGGUGGGACGCAAGAUCGUGACGGCCGUGUGGGAGCAUGUCACCUACAACGAGUUUCUGCCCCGCAUCCUCGGCUGGAACGCGAUGCAGCUGUACGACCUGCGGGUCGGCACCGAGGGCUUCUUCAAGGGCUAUGACGACACCUGCAGUGCGGCCGUGCUCAACGAGUUCUCCUCGGCGGCGUUCCGCUUCGGCCACUCGCUGAUCCGACCCAAGCUCUUCCGCAUGGGCGUCAACUUCGGGGAGCGCAACCCACACAUCCAGCUCCGCAACAGCUUUUUCAACUCGGACAUGCUCUUCGACGUCCAGAUGGUGGACGAGAUCAUGCGCGGCCUGGUGAACACGCCGAUGGAGAACCUGGACAACUUCAUCACGUCCGAGGUCACCAAGCACCUGUUCGAGGAGCGUGGACACCCCUUCUCCGGGCUGGACCUCGUGUCGCUGAACAUCCAGCGCGCACGUGACCACGGCCUGCGUCCCUACAACGAGUACCGGGCUAUCUGCAACCUGAAGAAGGUCACCAACUUUGACGAGCUCUCCCGCGAGAUUCCACAGCGGCUUAUCAACAAGAUGAAGCAGGUGUACGCCAGCGUGGACGACAUCGACCUGUUCACGGGAGGCCUGAGUGAGACACCGCUGCAGGGCGGCCUGGUCGGCCCCACCUUCGGCUGCAUCAUCGGACUGCAGUUCCGCUUCCUAAAGAAGUGCGACCGCUUCUGGUGA